AUGCAGAAACUGAUACAUGGAGAAACAACCGGUAGAAGUAGCAGACGAAAACAACUAGCUCCACGUUCUCGACUUGUUCGUCAAUGUGAAGAAUGUGACUUUUCUUCAUCAAUUAUUAACGAAUUUAAAACCCAUAUGAAAUUCGAGCAUAGACAAGAGCAAGUCUUUCUGUGUGAUAUCUGUCGAUACUAUUCACUGUCUUCAUUUGAAUAUCAACUACAUUUAAAUUCUCAUCAAACAAACAAUCAACCAUUGACAGCAGCGUCAUCAUCAUCAUCGUCGUCAACCGUACCGGCGACAGCGACAACAGUCAAAUCGAGUUUAUCCUCGAAUGGCCGACAUGUGGAAUCUGAAGCUGAGAUAGAAGAUGACGAUUCUAUCAAUAUUUAUACAAAAGAACAAAAUUCCAUGAUCUUCGAAAAUGAUGAACAAAUUUCCGAUGACGAACAAAAUCCUUCAGCUAGCACAAACAAGAAACUUAAUCUAUCCGUCACUUCAUCGCAUUCAACUACAACACAACAAACACUCGCUGCUCCUGAUCGAAAACGUCCGUACAACGUCUCUGUCGAUCCUGCGAGAUACCGUCGUGUGCCCGAUCCAGACGAUGCUAGUGCUAUCAAAUUUGCCUGUUCAUUAUGUGGUAAUUUAUACAAAUGGAGAAAAAGUUUGAAUAAACAUUGGAAAGAAAAACAUAACGACGAAAGUCCACCUCCACUUGACGCGCCAGUUACUAUUCGUCCACCAAAAUCAUCGACAUCAAGUGCAGCCAUUCAAUUGAAACCAGCUAAUCGAGUCAGUGAGAUGCUUCCACAUACAUCCAUGAAUCUUCCCGCUCCACCACCUUCUCAAACUCAUCAUCCUGCAUUUCCAUUCAAUCCAUACUGGUUAAAUCUCACCACACGCGGUGAUUUUCAACAGAUGUUUCCUUCAACAACAACCAAUGAGCAAUCGUUAAAUGCUCCAUUAGAUUUAACAAUUAAAUCUCACAAGAAAUCAUCAUCAUCACCAAUUCAAUCUGAAUUGAAUCCUCCAGCUAAAAAACUACAUCGUAAUAGCAAUAGUAGUGAUGAUGAACAACGUGAUAGUUCGAAUUAUAAUCAAAAUGAGAGUGACGACGAAAGUCAUUCGGAACAUGCAUCCUCGUCCAGUCCACCGAAUCCUUAUGGACAAAAAGUCUUCAUAUGUUCCAUAUGUGAACAACGUUUUCUUGCUGUGGAAUCGAUUAACGAACAUUUUCUGAAGAAUCACUUACCCGAAUUAGAAAACGAAAUCGCUGGCAAAUCGCCACCACGAAAUACGAAUGUUGCUCAACAAAACGAAGAAUGGAACUUGAGUGAUCCUGUUAAUCCAUUAAAAUGUAUUCAAUGUGACUUUGUUGGUCGUUGGCCAACAGAACUUCAAAAGCAUGCCGCAUCGCAUUCGACCUCUCGUCCAUUCAAAUGUUUAGUUUGUUCAUUGACUUACAAAUGGCGUUGGGAUUUAGCUAAACACUGGGAUCGUGCACACGCAGCUGGCGGCAAAGGUGUUACUUUAAUCAAUCCAUAUAAAAAACGCGAUCGCGAUCAAGCUCGUUCAAUGAUGGAUCUCGCUCCUCCUCCAACAGCAGCAGCAGUAGGAACAAAAACGAGCGACCAUCAUUCUACUUGUUCAUCUGUAUCAUCGGCAUCAACGAUGAAGAAAACUUCCAUUCGUGGCGAUGACGAUGACGAUGAUGACGACGACGGGCAAAGUCAACAUUCAACAACGUCGGAUCAUGACGAUUGCCAACAACUAGCCAAACGUCUGAAACAAGAUGAUGAAAAGAACCCAUCAAAUUUAUCCCUAUCGAAUUUCUUGCCACCGCCGCCGCCGACUACAACAGGCAAUAUGUUCUUUCCACCACCAUCAUUCUUUCCACAUCAUCCGAUGUUUUCGUCAUUCCUCAAUUCAUCUUUAUUACUGCAACCGAAAUUUAACUUUUCACCGCGACCAACUCAAAUGUCAAUGAAUACCAACUUAGAUUUUUUUAAACAAGCAUCAGCAUUUGUCCAACGAACGACCAAAUCGCCAAAUUCGUCACGAUCGUCAUCACCGCGAACAUCAUCACCUUUACAACAGCAACAACGCAUGCAUGCCGUCGCCGCAAUGGUGGCAGCAGCCAAUGGUACUAAUAAUCAUCUACGAAACCAUCAUCAACAACAACAGCAACAACAACAACAACGAAAAUUUGAAAAGGAGGAACGAAAUUUUCAAUGUCGUUGGUGCGAUUAUCGUGGACGAUGGCGAAGUGAAUUAAUUCAACAUAUGAGAUGUCAUCAUGCACGAGAUAAACCUUAUCAUUGCUCUGCUUGUCCCUAUGCAUCAAGCUGGAAAUGGGAUGUUCAAAAACAUGUUAAGAAACAACAUGCACACGAUGCUGCAAAGAUCGUCGAAUUGCCCGACAAAUAUCUGUUUCAAACAACAUUGAAAGCGAAACACGAGGGCACUGAUGAUCGAGCAUUGGCACCAGCUCCCUUAACCGAUGAAGAUUAUAGUUUCUUCGGUCUCGAUGUUCAACAAAAACUAUCCUCAGUGAAAUAUACACGUGAUCGAACAUUAGCCUGUCAACAAUGUCCAUUCGCUGCGAAUUCUAUGGCCGAACUGCGUCGACAUUUAAUUGUUCAUUCAGCGGAAAGUCCGUAUCAUUGUUUUAAUUGUGAUUACAAAUCGAAAUGGAAAUGUGAUGUGAAAAAACACAUGCGUCUCUGUAAUCACCAUGGUCCAGUUCUAGUUGGUCGAAAAGCGAUGGCGAAAGUUAUGGAGAGUCUUGGCCUUGUCAUUGGAAAUAAUGAUAUGAAUAAAGGUGUGCCGUCUGAUAAGCAAAAUGCUGCUGCAUUUGCGGCAGCCGCCAUGCAAAUGUCUUCGUUUUUCGCUCAUCAACAACAGCAACAACAACAGCAACAACAAAAAUCUUUGGAAAUGGACGAUGACGAAGAGGAAAUCGUCGAAGAAGAUGAUGAUGAAGAUGAUGAAAACAAUAGUUUAAUCAUUGUCGAUGAAAACCAUCAACAGGACGAAGGCGAUGAGAAACAAAAGCGUAUUUCGAAUAAUUCUCGUUCGCAGAAUAACCAUCUUCGUUGUCGUCAAUGUGAUUAUGAAGCGGAAGAUCUAUCGGAUCUACUUGUUCAUCGAAAAGCACAUGCAUCAAUGAAAUGUAACCACAAUUUCGAACAAGAUUUUCAGCAACAGAAAACAUCAACGAAUGAUAGUGACAUCGAAAAUGAUGAUGAUGACCAAGAUGAGGAAAAAACACGAGAUAUUCAAUUCGAUGAACAAAUGUUUGACUAUGAAUUACACUGGUUAGAAAAUAAUCCAUUAAUCAAACAAUUUACUACAAUUCAACAAAAAACCCGUACGAUCGUUUAUGAAUGUUCAAAAUGCGACUAUACGGUUAAUAAUGAUCGACAAUACUUUCUCAAUCAUCUCGAUCAUCAACAUUCAGAACUAUUAGAAAAUCACACAUGGUCCUCGUAG